AUGCCCGAUACCUUUACAUGCCCGAAUGGUACCAUUUGUGAUUCAACAGAAGGACUUUGUGUUAUACUAAAGCGUUUUGGCUAUCCAUGUAAGUUGUCUGAUAUGAUUUCUACUUUUGGUCGAUCAGUACCCGAGCUCAGCAUGAUUAGCAAUGAAGUUACUGAAUGGAUGUACAAUGCUCAUGGCCACAGGAUUACCGAAUGGAAUCAUUUCAUUAUGCCUCCUAAUCUACUGCAAACUUACUCUGUAGCAAUUCAUGACAAAGGUGCCGCCUUGGACAACUGUUUCGGCUUUGUUGAUGGAAUGGUUUGUCCCAUAUCAAAACCAGGAGUCAACCAGAGAGCUGUUUAUAGUGGCCACAAGCGUGUUCACGCUCUUAAAUUUCAAUCCUUGGCCCUACCAAAUGGACUGACUGGCAAUCUGUUUGGACCAGUAGGUAACAGUAUAUUCAUUCAUCUUUUAUAGUGGGAUAGUGCCGUAGCUGUUUUCACUUGGAUAGACAUUUUUAUCACAUGUGAACUUAAAAGUUAGAUUGAUUUCUUUACUCACAAUGUUAAGCUGACGUUUCUUGAUGACUUCCUCAAGGUCUUUCAAAUUAGAGGUAUUUUCAGUAGCUUCCACUCCCAAUCGUUAUUAGAGGAACUGGUUUUCCUGUCCCCACAGACCAUUAAAUUCUAAAUUCUGACUUAUAGGCCAUAAGUACCUGGGCUGCAAGAAUAAUAGGCAGCCAAUCCUAUGUUGUUUUUGGCCUACUCACUUACUAAGCUAAUCAAUGGUCUACAUAGGUAACAGUUUGUCAGCCAACCAAUGUGUAACUGAUUCUGGCUCAGAAAUUAUUUUUUUGCUCUUGUGCAGAGGGACGAAUGCAUGAUGUAAGAAUGCUGGACACAUCUGGCCUCUAUGUUUACCUGGCACAGUUUGCCUUUUCCCCUGCUGGACAGGAGAUGUGUAUCUACGGGGAUCUGGCAUAUCCUCUACGCACCCAUCAGUAG